UUAAGUCACACAGCACACAGAAGAACGCCCUAGAAGAGACUGGUCACCGUAUCCUGAAGCAGAAUAUGGAGUCCGACUGCCUGUGGGACACAUGAGAGUGGGUAACGUACGGAGAUCAUAGUGGCUAGGACUUCCUUUGGAGCAGUUCUAGAUCCUUGUGACCAUGUUUUCAGAUGAGCGGAAGGACGGAAGCCCUCGCUUUGGGAAGCUUCACUUUCCUGUUGGCCUUUGGAUCAACUCCCCUAAAAAACAUUUCGCCAAGCUGGGACGCAGGUGGCCAAGUGUGGGGUCAGUCAAGUCAACAUCCUCGGAUACAGCCAGCCGUGGUAGUGAGCCUGUGGAGAUGCGUCCAGCCACCAAGAAUAAGGCCAGUCGACACAAAAGGCUCUCAACACUCUUCCAGAGAGGGGGAACAGGAGGUCCAACCAGUGGGAGUGGAGGGCGCUGGGCCAGUGAGAAGAAACUGGCUGAUCUUAUUGAUCCACUGCCUGAAGACCGAGUCGAGCCCCCAUCACAGGGGGAAGUACCAGGCAUUCUGAAGAUCUAUGGUGGAGACAUCUCAACAGGUGCCAAUUAUAAGAGCGUGCUGGCAACUGCACGCUCCACUGCUCGGCAGCUGGUGCAUGAGGCACUGGAGCGCUAUGGUGUGUCACAGGCCAAUGCCGAGGAUGUCUAUGUGUUGUGCGAUGUUGUUGGUAGCGUCCAUGGCACAGACGGCUCCUGGCAAGCCCAGUAUCUCCGGGCAGUGGGCGACUCUGAACGGCCCCUCGUAUUGCAGGACGUGUGGAAGCCCAAGACCGGCUGCACACGCCGUUUUGAAAUCCGACGGCGAUGUGACGUGGAGAGGAUGGCAGAAGGAGAGGAUGAUGAUGCAGGUAUCAACUCCCAGACUCGUCGACAGCAAUCCCGCCGCUCUCGGGCAGCUUCAGGAGGCCACGUAGGCCCCAAGGAGCGAGCAGACAACCUCUCACUCCGUCGCAGCAUCAGUGAGAUGAACCUCAGCACAAAACGCCGCAAGGACCGCAAGGGUGUGCUCAGCAUGGCAGCUGGGGAACCAGCGGAAGGGAGUCCCUCUGAAGAGUCACGGCUCAAGGUAGCCGAGGAUGCUGAGGGCAGGUCAGCUCCUCCAGCAUCUGAAGAGGCUGUGGAUAUCUCCAGUUUAGAGCAGCUCACCCAGUACCUCAUACAACCACCAACAGAGCACCCUUAUUUUUUACAGUUGUUGGGCUACAAUGAAAAACAGGAGUUUGUGAUCCACGUGAUGACACGUCGGCGACACAUUUUUGGACGCCCUGAACGCCGCCAGGCUUCAGACCAAUCCAGCUAUGUGGACACGUUCCUGAGUGCACCAGACAUUCUGCCACGCCAUUGCUGCGUGGUGUCUUCAGUGCCCCCUGCAGAUCCCACCCAACCCCGGGGUUCAGCCAUGGUGCGACCUUUCCGGGGAGCAUCUAUAACCCACAAUGGUGCCCCACUCCAUCGCCAGGUGGAACUGGCCCCUGGAGACUUGCUAGGGAUGGGGCAGCACUUCCUCUUCAUGUACAAGGACCCACGGGCUACAGCUGCACCACCGGCCUGGUUACCCAAAGCAUGGGUGUCCCCAGGGUUGGUGGGGGCUUUGGCAUGCCAGGCCUGUGGCCGAUCCUUGCAGGAACGGCAGGAGGCAUUUCGUGCCUACCUGAAGAGUCGAGAACCUCAACUGCGCUAUCGACCCCAGGAGCAGGAGGCGCUCUUGGCCGAAAUUGUGAGGCUGCAGGAAGCUCCUGGUUGCAAGUUGGGCCCUGCCUUUCUAUUCGGCCUCUGUCUGGAGCAUGCUGCUCGGGAGCUAGAACCAGGACACCUUCCCAGGUUGAUAGCCAGGAUUGCUCAACUAGUCAAGGAGGCUGUUUGGGAGAAGAUAAAAGAGAUUGGAGAUCGGCAAUCAGAAAACCAGCAAGACAAAGGAGAAUCGAGGAAUCUCAGUGUCGAGGAGGUGGCUGCUGACUUGCGCCCUCUUAUGCUAUGGAUGGCCAAUUCAAUGGAAUUGCUCAAUUUGGUCCAAAAGAGAGUCCUGGACAUCGAGAAGGAUCUGGACUUGGAGGGAGUUUCCCACAGUGCAUUGCUCUCCAGCGACCUGGAGACAUGUGAUGAGGCAAUGGCUGUCUUAGAUGAAGUCAUCAUGUCCACAUUCCAACAGUCUGUAUACUACCUCACUAAGACUCUCUACUCAGCCCUUCCUGCCUUGCUAGACAGUAACCCAUUCACAGCUUCGGCUGACUUGUUCCAUGUGCCCGAGAUCAGCAGCAUGCCUGAGGGGAUCCGUGGGACCCUUGCCAUCUAUCAAACUACUCUUGAGUUGACCCGAGACUGUGACCUGCACCCUGACCUUGUCUCACAGACUUUCGGAUACCUUUUCUUCUUCUCCAAUGCCUCACUUUUUAACACCCUUAUGGAAAGAGGCAGUUCUCAGUCCCUUUUCCUGUGGGCCAAGGCAGUGCAGAUCCGAACCAACCUCGACCUGGUGCUGGAUUGGUUGCAAGGGGUGGGCCUUGGGGACAUUGCUGCCGAAUUCUUUCGCAAGCUCAGCACAACAGCCAACCUCCUAUGUGUCCCCAAAACCAGCUUGCUUCAGGCAUCCUGGUCUCGACUGAGAAAUGAUUAUCCAGCUCUCACUCCAGCCCAGCUCCAGCAUGUGCUCAGCAAUUACCAGCUGGGACCAGCCCGAGUGCCCCCUGAUUCCUGGCACCCCCCUGAAAAGGAAAGAGAUGAGAUUGCACACAGUGACAUAUUUGAGAGCUUCACAGACCAUCCGCCGCUGAUUCUACCAUGUGAUGGUUUCCGCUUGCGUCUCACAGAGCCUGUGUCUGAUGAUAUCCUCCAUCGCCAACUUGUACGCUUGCGCCGCUUUCUCUGGGAGCUGGAACGUGAAUCCCUCCCAGCCAACCAAAGGGCAGCAUAUGGAUUGGAUCCCAGUCAAUGAAAUGCAGGUGUUCAAAAUGGUUCUUGGUCCCCAGGAAGCUCUUGCCUGAUCAUUCUUGACUGAUGGAGAUCCUGAAGCUGAGGUUGGAAGUUCCUGAAGCUGAGGUUGGAAGAGACAGAGUUGCCUGAAACAAUUACAGUCUAUCUGAAUACAGGAGUGUCCUGAAGAUCAAAGGUUAUAAUUAUAUCCUAAAAGAAAGCCCAUCAGCAGCUUUCAUGGCUUCCUGUUCAUUGCUGUCUAUUGGCAAGCACUGAUCAUCUCAAGGACCAAUCUCAAAAUGUUUUUGAGAUUGCAAACUCUAUCCAAACUCAAUCGUUGCAGUUCUUUUCUUACCUCAGAUUAUGCUGUUUGUAGCAAACUAUGUAUUCCUUUCUUCACUGCAAUAAAACUCUUAAUUAUUAUAAAGAAAUCAGACAUAUUUUGAUAUGAAGGGAAACUCCUGUGUAAAUAUCGACAGCUCCCAGAACAUAGUGUUAUAGAAGGUAGAGCAGGAAUGACAGACAGAGUUCUGGCUACACUAGUGCCAGUAUGAUACAUGUGUGUGUGUGUGUGUGUGCGUGCACACAUGCAUUUAAAACACUGGGAUGUUUCAGAGUUCAGUGGUGUUUCUGAAACAUGCCUAUUUGUUAUAGUGAUCUUUGUAAGCAUUUAAGAAAGUGAGAGUAAGUAAGCUAGGAAGUAACUGAAUUUUGUAAUGAGUUAAUUUGGCAUCUAGUUUCUUAUUUGCAGUAGCAAGUUACAAUGUAAUUACUUUUUUGCCUUGUAAGAGCCACUGCUGGAAUUCACUAC